AUGUCUCGUUCAGCGCAUCAUCUGACCUGUCGCCGUAUGGAUGGAUAUCCGGCCCAACCUUCUCUCCUUCAUACCAAGAGAUUGAGCAGCUGGUGGGGCAAAACGUGGCAGUCUCCUUUCGUUGCCUUUGUGGACACGAAAGGCUACUCUUCGGCAAAGCCGAUCGGGUUCUUCCUGAGUUUUGGGGCUUCGGGACGGGGCUCCACUGCCAUCAACUGGCUGGCUUCGAGAAAUUUUCUAGAAGACAAAGUGGACGAAACUUUAGGACCGAGUAUUAUACGUAUGAACGUACCCCAUACGCAGACUCCACGAGAGCAUGAAUUUUCAUUAAUCGUUAGGACGGCAGAUUUCGAUGUUCAAUGCAAUCUUGUAGUUAUGGAGCCGAGAUCCGCCGUGGUACAUGCAUAUGUAUGUACUCCAGAUGAUACCCGAAAUCCAGACACCCUUGGGUCCCCAUCUCCAUACAUCUCAGACACGAUAUCGAUUGCGCAAAACUCAGCUGAAAUUUCUCCAGGUUAUUCGCUUCAGGGAACUCGCAGCAUUAUCACCAUGGAUGUCGAGACUGCAGGAACGCAAGUCCCGAGACAUGUCCCGUAA